UCGAAAAAUGUCACAAAUUUGAGACCGUUCUCUGUAACGAAAACGGAAGUGGGCAGGGGUGAUUCCUCUCACUUCCUCUGUCUACUUUCGGCCGCCGGUAACAACAGCAGCAUCAAACAAGAGGAAACCCUAAUGAUGGAAUUGGAAGACGGCGAAGUUCCUGCUGGGGAUUUGGUUCAAUGCAACAUCUGUAAAAGAAGUUUCUUCCCGAAAAUUCUGGACAGGCAUGUUAAAAUCUGCCAAAAAUCAUCAACCAAAAGGAGGAAGGUUUUUGACUCCAGCAGACAGAGAGCUGAGGGCACAGACAUCCCCACGCUCAAACCCAUCAAACCAAAGUCACAAAGUUCAUCUUCCUCUGAGAAAGCCGAGCCCCCCAAGAAGCCAUCCAACUGGCGCAAGAAACACGAGGACUUUAUCGCCACCAUCCGGGCUGCCAAGGGGCUCUCUCAGGUCAUUAAAGAUGGGGGACCAUUACCCCCACCGCCUCCUCCUAGUUAUGACCCAGACUAUGUCCAGUGCCCCUACUGUCAGCGACGGUUCAACGAGAAUGCAGCCGAGAGACACAUCAAGUUCUGCCAGGAGCAGGCGGCCCGUAUGCCCAACAAGAGCAAGUCAGAUGUCAAGAAGCCUCCAGUUCGCACGCAGUACAAGCCUCCUGCUCCUGUAAAGAAGGCCAACUCUCCCGCUGUGUCAACCAUCCCUUCAGCCUCCUCUCGUUUGCCCCAGAGGUCAGGCCUCGGGCAGCCCACUGGAAUCCCGUCUAGUAAAAUCUCUUCUGCAGGUUCAGUGAGGAGUAAUCCUUCUGGCCUCACAAGCCCUCCAUCAGGUGUGGGGAGUAAGACCCGAGCAGCGAGCUCUGGCUACAGCUCUGCGAGGAGCACCCAGUCCGGAAUAGGUGCCGGCAAGAAGAGAGUAGACACCUACAUAUCUAGGAAUGAAGUCGAUGGCAUGAACGAAGUUGGCAACGGUGGGAUGACAAGCAAGUUCUGUCACGCUUGUGGGACCAAGUACCCUGUCGAAUCUGCCAAAUUCUGCUGCGAGUGUGGGGUCAGGAGGAUGUGUAUCUGAUGGCUGUCAGAGGAAGGAGAAACCAGAAGAACGUAGGGACACGCCGAUACUCAAACUAGCAUCAGAGGGUUUCACGAAAGCCAAUAUGAAUUUAAAAGAUAAUCUCACGGCAGUAAAGCUGUGUAAUUGUUACUCAACCCUACGGAGCUGUGUGUUCUAAAUGCUGUUUAGCUUUCAUGAAAUUUACUGAUUCAUUCCAGUGCAUGGAUCGAGAUCCAAAACAAAUAUUACAAUCAAAAUCUGCAAUAAAUGAUUCCUUUUGACCGGAGGCUGCUGGACCUCAGCAGUGAGCUGAUCUGACACAACGUUAUGGUCAACCAUCUAAAGGUUUGUGCUAUCAGUAGCUGACGUGGCUGACAAGGAAGUGACGCAGCCCAACUUGCAGCUCAUUAGCUUUUAAUUAGCCUCAUCGUUAAUGCUGGCCCCGCCCACAACACUGCUGCUUUUCCCACCAGUUCAGGCACAUCAAUGUUAUUGCUGUGAAAUCAGAGUCCGUAUUAUUACAAACAACAAUUUUUUAUUGUCGCUGGACAGUAAUAAUAAUUACUUAAAGAGCUGAGCCACGCAGCUGGCACACCUUUAGUUGAGGCUAUACAAGAGUGAGACAGACGUAAGUAAAAGCUCAGACGUGGGUUGUAAAAGGAAGUCAAGAAAAAGUGUCGGGUGACUCAUUAAAGGUGUGCGUGAUGUCCCCCGUGUCUCCGCCAUGACCUGAAAUGCAUCCUUAAACUCAAUUUCCUCCACUUCCUGUUCCCAUUUUAGUGCAAUAUGAUUGACUACUGAAGAAAGCAGUGUGAUUUUUAGAGGAACCGUGUUGGAAAGAUAUCAACUUGUUUCGACAGGGACGAGUCCAAAAAUGUAUUAGCUACAGGUCAAGUUAGUAAGUUUACCAUCAUAGGCCUGACAUUUCGAGACAAAUGUAGCAUUUAUUCUAACCCUUUUAUUCCUGUUUAUUUUAUACAAUGUCUUAUUUAUUUUCUUAAUCCCUUUCACUUUUUCUGAAUGAACGACUGCACCUUUUUUUUGUUAAUGUUCUACAGAAUUAAAAUGUGGAGUUAUUUGGUUUUGCUUGAAGCCUGGAUGUGUUGCAGUUUCCAUGAGUGUUUCUACUGCGUAUACAAUGCAUUUCAAGUCAGUGGUACUCUAACACUAUUUCACAAUGUCAUUCGAUCGCUCUGCUUGCUGUAACAGAUUGUUUGUGACCCAGUGCACUUCAUUUACAGGUGGGACACUAAAAGAGGCAAAGGCCUCUCUUUAAGGUGCAUAGUUAAUAUUCGUUAUUAACGGCCAAGUAUGAUAAUCUUUGAGUCCUUUUGCGAGGAAGACACUUGUUCCAAAUUUCAAGAAGCAAAAUAUAUUCUUGUUACAUGACACACAGUGUUGAAACUGGACAGAUGUGUUUUUCCUGUACGGAUUACAACAGUUGUUGGCCAGGAUGUGGUUGUGCACUUAAUAACGCGUAUAUCCACCGUCAAUAAAUUUCUAUGAAGACA